AUGGCAAAUGCAAACCCUCCCAGGGUUGCUGCUGGCUGGGAUGGGACACGGGCUCCUCAUGUCCAGCCCAUUGCCAGAUACACUGAGCAGCUCAUCUGCCUGGUGCUGAGCGAGGCGGCUCUGAGCCCUCGCACCAAACAGGAAUGUGCAGGACAAUCGUUGCCCCUGCGGUGCCUGCCUUUGUGCCUGAGGCACUGGGGGGUCAGUAUAAAAGCCAGCCCAACGGGUCACUCUCUCAAGCUCUUCUGCCACCACCCUCUCCUUGGGAACCAGGUGAAGCUGCAGCCCCGAACCAUGUCCUGCCCUGAGAAGUGCCAGACGUGUGAGCCCUGCCAGCCCUGCCAGCCCUGCCGGCCCUGCCAGCCCUGCCAGCCCUGCCAGCCCUGCGGCCCGACCCCGCUGGCCAGCAGCUGCAAUGAGUGCUGUGUCAGGCAGUGCCAGAGCUCCGUCGUCGUCAUUGAGCCUUCCCCAGUGGUGGUGACCCUGCCCGGCCCCAUCCUCAGCUCCUCCCCUCAGAACACCGUUGUGGGCUCCUCCACCUCCGCUGCCGUUGGCAGCAUCCUCAGCUGUGAGGGAGUGCCCAUCAACUCCGGGUGCUUCGACCUCUCCUGCAUCACCAACCGCUCCUGCGGCACCAGGUGCAGACCCUGCUAAAGCCACCGCUGACAGCCCAGACAGGAGCCCCACGAACCCAGAAGAUGACGCCGGACUGAACGACGGAGACUGUGGCCAUGGCUUGGAGAGGGGCUGAGCGUGCCCUGCUCCUGCUGCAGAGGGAGUCAGCCCUGGGCAAGGGGCCAGCCUGGGCUCUCUGAAAACACGGCCACUGCCUCUCCUUCCCUUCCUCCACUCUGUGCUUUCCCUCCUUUGCCUUUCUUGCUUUCUGCUCCUUGCAGCCCUGCCGGCCCCCAAAGACAGCUUAGGGGGGCCCUGCCCACCCCUGUCUGUCCAUGGGGCACCGGCUCCUGGCUGCCCAUUGAGAUCCUUCCCCUAUGACCUCCUCUCCAGACAUCUUUGCUUCUUCAGACCCAUUAAACUCUGUUGCAUCGCA